UAAGGCAACAUGCAAGUUUUGCAUCCUCACUGCAACUGUAGUGUUGAGCCCGCGAUACUAACCAGCUGCAGUGUAACCUAGCCUUAUUAAAGAUGGCGUCGUCCAGCUCCGAAGAAGAUGAAGAUGAGAGAAAGAAAUUUGCAGAAUUAGCAGGAAUUGCGGCUAAAGAUGUAAGUGAUGCUUAUGUCAAAAAUGCMCGACCGAUGUCUUCUUCAUCUGCAAGAACAAACAAAGRAGUUGAUGAGAAAGAAAUUACAGAUGGUCUAACACCAGAAUUCAGGAAACAUAUUGCCAAAAAGUUGUCCUCAUACAUAGAAAGCUGCAUAGAUGAGCAAAGUGGUAAUCCUAAAGAAGUAAAAAACAAGAUGAAGAUACCUGGAAUUCAUUUAUUUAGAUUAUCAAAAGAGAAGAUUGUAGAUGUAGAAAAACAAGUUCAAAAUCAUAGUACUCCACAACUCUCAAAUAAACAUGCACAGUCUGUAUCAGAUUCUAGUGAUGAUGACAGUGAGGCUUUGGCAAGAUUUGCAGAAGCUGCCGUGUGUGGACAGUCCAUCAUUGAUAAUGGUAUUUCAAACAAAGAGAAAGAUGGAAAUCAAAAUCUUAUCGCUGAAGGGAAUGAUUCAACAGAAUCAAAUGAACACAAGCACAAAAGAAAAAAGAAAAAGAAGGAAAAGUGGAAAGAAUCCAAAAAUGAGAAAGARAAUCACAAAAGAAYAAAGCUGAAAAAUUGUUGAAAUGAACAGUUUUUAGAUUAUAAAAAAUAUUUAGAUUGUUGGGGUGACAAAACAUAAUAGUUAGUUACUCCCAAGAGAYCAGUAAUCGUGGAUCUACUUGAGUUUUGAACAUUUUAUGGUGSCAAAGUGGGUCAAUAAUAAGAGGACAUUCCUUCAUUUCAACUGUGCGAGUGUGUCAGAAACUCAUAAACAUAGGAACUGAUGGUGUCAGCACAGUGUGAAUGUCAUGUUUUUGACAUUUCUGAUCAGCCAAUAUAAAUUAUAAGCUUGAGUCAUAAUUCACACAAAUGUGGUAAAAACCRACUUUUAUACUUGCCUGCAAAUGUCUGCUGCACCAAUUUAUACAAGAAAGAAACGUUUCGAAAGAAAAACAAUAUUUUUUUUAGGGCUGAAGAUGAGUAUCUUCAUAGAAAAGUUGCCAUCAACUGUUCACAAUGUGUUGUAAAUAWAAUAAUAUAGUUGAAUAAUAAAAACUGAUAGACCCUUAAGAUUAAGAUAAGUACAACGUUUUUGAAUAAUGAUAUAAAAUAUCAGAAUAAUUUGUCAUGCAGUGGAAAGUCACCCCUUGGUUUUUCAAUGAUGAAAUCUACUGUCUUGACUAAUGUUAAGCCUAAAAUCUCCCACAAAAAUGCUGCACAGUUAAAUCAUGAAAACCCCCUCUUGCCAAUAAAAAUAUAAAAGUUUCUGAAAGUUCAGAUUCUGCUCUUACAGCAUGUCUCAUGUGCAUUCCACCGAUAGUCCCCUUCUCUCCCCUCCCUCCACUACUGAUAGCCCCUUUUCCCUCCCCCUCCCUU